GCGGAGCGCGCGCACAGUUGUGUCAUUUUGUGUUUUUGAGACACGACACACCAAACCUCAUUUGUAUUACUGCGAAAAAAAAGUUUACUUAAAUAUCUUCCGAGGAACCUGACAGCAUCAAGAUUUUUGAAAACGUCUCCGGACUUUCAACACUUUAGUUUUCGAUUCGGCAUAGAAUGAAAAGACUCAAAUCAUCUGUUAAAAACAAGAUUUCACACUUUUGUAUCAUGUGAUGGUGUGAAGGGCACCGCGACGUUCAAUAAGUUAAAGGUGUGCAUUCAGCUCAAACGACCUGCUUUACUCGAGCCACCGUUUACUAUUAUAUUCAUAUGAGAAACGUCAACAAAUCAUUAGUUUCAUGUAGGUUUGUCGUCAACACCGCCGUCUUAAAUGAGUAGAUUUCUGAGGGGAGUUCAGUGUGACGCUGUCUGCUGAGGAGAACGGCAUGUGUCGGGACACAUGGCCUGAGCACAACACUGGGGACAGACACACAGGACAGGAGGAGGACAAGUGUUCACCACCGAGACUUCAACACGGCGAAGCGAGAUGAGAAGUGAAGCAGAGCAGUUUUCAUAACUUCAGACAGCAGAGAGGACAGCAGACAUGGAUUUAUUCAAACAGCAGAAGGUGGAGGAUUUCUAUGAAAUUGGUGAAGAGUUGGGAAGCGGGCAGUUUGCCAUCGUCAAACAAUGCAGAGAGAAGAGCACGGGUCUGGAAUUUGCCGCCAAGUUCAUCAAGAAGCGUCAGAGCAUGGCGAGCUCUCGAGGAGUGAGGCGGGAGGAGAUCGAGCGGGAGGUCGACAUCCUGCAGCAGAUUCAGCAUCCCAACAUCGUCACGCUGCACGACGUCUACGAGAACCGGACGGAUGUGGUGCUCAUCCUGGAGCUGGUCUCUGGAGGGGAGCUGUUCGACUUCCUGGCGCAGAAGGAGUCUCUGAGCGAGGAGGAGGCCACGCAGUUCAUCAAGCAGAUCCUGGAGGGGGUGAACUACCUCCACGCCAGAAAGAUCGCCCACUUUGACCUCAAGCCUGAAAACAUAAUGCUGCUGGACAAGAACGUGCCGCUGCCGAGAAUCAAGCUCAUCGAUUUCGGUCUCGCCCACAAGAUUGAAGCCGGGGUCGAGUUCAAAAACAUCUUUGGAACACCCGAGUUUGUCGCUCCGGAGAUCGUCAACUAUGAGCCUCUGGGGUUAGAAGCAGACAUGUGGAGCAUCGGGGUCAUCACCUACAUCCUGUUGAGUGGCGCUUCACCUUUCCUCGGGGAGACCAAACAGGACACACUGAGGAACAUUUCAGCUAUAAAUUACGAGUUCGAUGAGGAGUUCUUCUGUCACACCAGCGAGCUGGCCAAGAAGUUCAUCAGCCAGUUGCUGGAGAAGGAUAAGAGGAAAAGAUUAACAAUUCAAGAUGCUCUGAAUCACCCAUGGAUCAAGUCCAACGAGCAUAAGGAGGAGAGUAAAGCCCAGGAGCCCAAGAAACGGGAGCGCCGCCAGCUGAAGACGAAGCGCCUCAGGGAGUACACCAUCAAGUCUCACUCCAGCAUGCCUCCCAACAACACCUAUGUAAACUUCGAGCGCUUCGCCCAGGUGGUGGAGGACAUUGACCAGAUGGAGAGCUCUUUCGUCAGCCUGGCGGCGGCCCACGACUCCCUGCAGGAAGACAUCGAUGCCAUGGUGUCUAUAUACAAUGAAAAGGAGGCGUGGUACAAGGAGGAGAGUGAAGGCGUGCGGCACGAGCUCUCGCAGAUCCGCUACGAGUUCCGUAAGGUGGAGGCCUUCAAGAGGAGCCUGCAGGACGACAUGCAGGUGUUCAGCUCCAGCCUCGGCGCCGUCAGCAGCCGCUACCAGGAGAGACAGAACCACUUCGACGCGCUGCGUAUGGAGCUCAGCAACGAGCUGAAGUGGGUGCAGGAGGUGAUGGGUUCAUUUCCCAGGGACGGAGGUGGUGGAGGAUACCCAAACUGCAGCUUCUCCACUGUCUUCAACAACGACGUGAACGAGGCCCUGAAAGAGCUGCUGAACCGGCCGUGUGGAGGAGAGCUGCUGUCCGGGAUCAACCUGGACUUUGAGACUGGACAGCAAAGAUAAAUACUCACUGUCGCACCUCACGAUUAUUGUAAAACCUUUAAAGAUCACAAGAGUGAUGGUCUCUGGGCUCCUCCAGAUCCAGUACUUUUUACAGCACUGACAGCUUCUGUUAGACCCUUGAACUCAGACCGGUAACGAUCAAAAGAUCAUGGGUUCAUGGCCUGACAUUUACAUUUUCAAAUCCAUAUCGAAAGAGGCUACAUGGAGUCACGUGUGAUAUAACCUCAGCACUUUCUGGGCUACAAGGUCCAGUGAUGCCUCUGCAUGACCCAGAUAAGCCAACAAGACCAUCAGUCAGAAGAUUGUCUAUUUCUGUACAGUUGUAGUUAUUCUUAAUCUCUGUGCUCAGGUCUGAUUACAGUGAUCCUGAUUGGAUAAGUCAGACAUUCAAACUGUUUUUUAUGGUUUGGAUCUGAGGAUGAAUUGAGGUUUCUUCCAGUCUGAGGACGUCUGGUGGUAACGGCACUAAAACAAAGUGUACUCUGUUUCACCAUCACCAUCUUUUGUCCAAAGCAGCUGCCAGAAUCAAUUUUUCACCGGUCAGUUUGGAACAAACAUACAAAUAAACAGAGAGACACUCGA